AUGGGGGACGGGAAUGAGUCUCCACCUCCUCCCAUAUCAACAGAUCCGCUUCCGGUACCAGAGCCUCAAAAGGACCCUGAAGAGGUUGUUAUAGUUAGUGACGAGGACGAAGAGGCUGACAGCAGUGACUGCGAGAUUAUUAGCGUCACCUCCGCCACCGACGAGCAAGAAAUGAAGUGGCGGAACCUCAGUCGUCUCAACACACUGAUCUCCGAAGGUUAUGACAACCCUCGUCUUCUCUUAACCCGCAUCUUUGGUAUGAGUCCCUCUAUCCUGCCUUCAGAUUCCGCUAGUCUGUGGAGCAUUCUCUUCUCCGUUUUGUCGGAACAACCUCAUCGUAGGAGACUAAAGCAGUUCGCGACCUUAGACUCGGUUGUGAAACUCUUGCGUGACCGCUCUCGUAUUCUUGUUCUCACUGGAGCCGGCAUCUCUGUCUCCUGUGGAAUUCCAGACUUUCGAUCCCGAGAUGGGGUGUACGCACGUCUUGCAAGAGAUUAUCCUGAUUUGAAAAGCCCCCAAAAUAUGUUUGAUAUGGAAUUCUUCAUGAAGAAUCCUUACCCCUUCUUCAAAUUUGCACGAGAACUAUUCCCCGGUCAGUUCAAGCCGUCGUUUGCGCAUCGGUUCAUCAAGUUACUGGAAAGGAAGGGCAAACUUCUUCGUAACUACACACAAAAUAUCGAUACUCUGGAACAGGCCGCUGGAAUCACGAGGGUCAUUCAGUGUCAUGGAUCCUUCGCUACGGCCAGCUGUGUAACUUGUCAGUACCAGGUACCAGGUGAGGCUGUUCGUGAAGCAAUAAUGAGCCAGUGUGUUCCCCGCUGUCCUCGAUGCUGUCCCGACCAGGGACCGAGUGGCUCACCCGUGCCAACCACCAUCACAUCCAGUCCCGCGGCGUCGACA